UCUGGAAGCAAGGAAAAGAAAUCAUCAUCAUUGUUGUUACUAUCUCUUUGGUUGGCUGAAGCAAGUACUAAAUCGCAAAUAUAAUUGGACCUACCUAUGAGGAGAGAUCGAGGUGUUAACCAUGCUCGUUUUCCGGAGCAGCUUAUUGUUGUUGGCGGUAUUCUGCAUCCUAAUACUUGACGGAACGGCUUCGAUUGGGGUCAACCUCUCUCUGUUGGUAGCAGUACCUCUUACCAAUGACAACUUCCCAGUACCCGACCCUGGUUGGAUCCAGUUGGCGUCGGCGCUCCUGGCCGUGGAUCAUUUCAAUGCGCGAGAUUCUUCGGUAGUAGCGGAACUGAAGCAGUAUGAGUCCUGUCCCAUUCGCUUUGACACCAAUAAUAUCACCGUCAUGGAUACGGGGACCCACUUGACGCUUCCCAAAUUGGCACCUCUCGAAUCCUUGGAUGCCAUUGCCGGUCCGUUUCAUGAAAUGCCGGCAUUGGAGCUCAGCGUCAUUGCCAAUACCUUGGAGAUUCCCAUUGUAGCGCACAAAGCAUUUGACAAUUCACUCGCCAAUCGGUUUCCCUACUUUUCCCAGGUCUCUGCCGACUCGUCGGCUGAAAUGGCCUUUCUGGUAAGGUAUCUGGAACAUGUGGGACGCACCAACUACAUUGCCGUGCUCUACUCCAGUACCAGUGCGAGUGCCAUGCAAAAGGUGGAUAUCUUACGAGUCCUCUUAUUGGGAAUGGAUCACGUACGAACCUUUCCAUACCGUUCCAAGUCGACAACAACAACGGCUAGAAACAGUGGUCUUGCCGAUUCCUCCGUCCGUCAUGCCUUGGAACGGGUCUUGGAGACGGGCUUUCGGACCAUUGUAUGGAUCUCGGAUGAUAUGAAAUGGGAUGCCAUGGAUGUUCACGAGGCAGCAUCCGAUUUGGAGUUGGAUCAGGGCCGGCAUUUGUGGAUCGUCAUGGGUGGUGUCUCGGAACUCUCGUGCUACGACCAAAUGCAACUGUUGAACCACAGCCAUGCCACCUUUGGACGACGCCACUAUUAUCUCAAUGGGGCGGCCUUUUUGAAUCCUCACGAUGCCUUUGCGAUUGGUGGAGGCCAAAAGUUUCAAACGGCAUUCUUUCAACAAAACCAUAGCUUUGUGGAACGAUUGGAGGCGCUCACACCCAUCCAAGACUACUACAAUGCAUGGUCUCACAAUGCAAAUGACAACAAUACACAAGAAGUGACUUUGGCCACAAUCUUGCACCAAAUACAGAGUUGGUGGGUGGGCAGUGCGUACCUGUAUGAUGCAGUGAUGGCCAUUGGCAUUGGAGCUUGCGAGGCUGCAGCAGCCGUUCCCAGCAAUACUUCCAUCAAGGGCGAGCUCCACCUCCAAGGCAUUCGCUCGGUCAACUUUACGGGGC